AUGAGCGACAGUGUCGAAGUUCAGCAGCCCGCAGAUCAGGACAUGGAGUUUCAAGACAGCGAUUCACUGUUCGGCGACGAUGACCCGGAUACGACCAUGCCAGAACAGCCGAACAACGAAGAAACCGAGGUCUCUCAAGACUCUAAGAGUACUCAGGUUCCUGCGCCUGAGAAUGCCGAGGACGACGCUGCAGACAGCACUGUUCAUGAGCUGGACGGAGAUGAGGAACCCGAGACGCAACACACCGAGAGCUCGCAGGGUAACGAGGAACCCGAGACGCAACACACCGAGAGCUCGCAGGGCACUGCGGCUCGCGAGGAGCAUAUGGGCAACCCUGAUGACUACACGAACCCGAAACCUGUUCAACAGGAAGUCUCUCAGACCUUCGAGGAGGAGCUUGGACUUGAACCGGGAUCCUUCGACCCUCCGCAGGCGGACUCCAACAUGGGCGAUCCAGGCCAAGAAUCGCAAGAAAGCAACGAUAUCCCCAUGGAAGACGCCAACGCGGGUCAUCCUUCAGUCGAUUCCAGCAGUGUUACACAUGGCCAUGGUCAUGAUGAAGUGCUCCAGGAUGAGCAAUCAGAUGCCCAGCAGCAGAAGAAUUCCAACUUCCAACAGGCUCAUGUCCAAGAUGAGCCACUCGAAAACGACUCCAAUUCCCUUUUCGUCCCAGAACGCUCUUCUCCGGCACCAAUUGCACCAGGAAGCCGAGAUCAUCCGAUGAAUAUGCCACCUCCAUCCCACCCAUCAGUACAUCCCUCUAAGCCGGUCAUGUCGGUGUUCGAUAAGAUUGUCCGCAUGCAGAAGGCCAAUUUAGCAAAGAAGAAUGCGGCACAGAAACAGGCAGCCACACGUCACUUACCUACUGAUGUUACACCUGAAGGCUAUCUGGAAGGCAUCAUGUCGUCCAUCACGCCCCCUGCUUCGACACCGAGACCCGUGGUAGACGAGGCUGAAAUGGAAGAUCGUCAAGCGUUGGCCGAGUACCAGCGGCAGAUGCGACACUACAACGAGUUGAAGCGCAAGAACGGAGUCCUCAGUUUCAGGCAAGAUGUCGAGUUAUUGAAGAUCAGGUCGGCCGAGACAGCACGUAAGAGGAAACGUGCACGUGACAUUGAGAAAUCGAAUGAAGAUGCGGAGGAGGAGCCAGCGCUAUUCCCUGAAGCUUUCCCUACGCCCAAUGUGGACGACGGUGACAAGGACGACGCUUCAGAGGAUGAGUUCGACCUCGAGACGACAGCUACACGCAAACGUCCGCGUCAACAGAUGCCGCACAAGGCACCAAAGGAGCAGACCAUGCAAGAAGCUGAGUUGCAGAGUAUGAAGGUUGCUUUGGACGCGCAUGAAGACCUGCCGAAGAAGAAAAGGAAGAUCCAACCUACUGAUGACAACUCGCAAGACUCGCGUGCUAGCACAAAAGGCAAAGGCUCCAAGGCUAAGGCUAAACCAAAGGCGACAAAGGCGGCUCCCAAGUCUGCUGCCCGGGGCCCUCGAAAGACAGCGAAGAGCAAAAAGGAAGCUGAUCAUGCUAUCAAACAAGCCUCAUCUCUGUUCCAUGCCAACGUCUUCGUGCAACAAGCCGGCGCGGACGAACCCGACCAGCCUGGUUUCAAUUCCAGAAGGAAGGGAGACGCUCUCAAGGAGCUCAUCGCAAGUGUGCCACUCGCGGACAAGAAACAAGCUCGCUCCGAGAUGGCUUUACUUCUUCAAGCCACCAAGGACUUCGACGGUCAUGGGUCAGUAAAAGCUGCUGGAGGUAAUUGGCUCGUGAAGGGCAUGUCAACUUCGUUGAAGGGGUACCAGCUCAUGGGCGGCGCCUUCAUGCGACGACGUGAGAACGCAGUCGAUGAGCCUCGUGGAGGUUUGCUUGCGGAUCAGAUGGGGUUGGGAAAGACGCUAAUGAUGCUUGCAAAUAUUGUCAACGGACAGCCGCGAAAGGGCCAUCAUCCUCGCACGACUCUCCUUGUUGCUAGCCCAUCUCUUCUGGCGCAAUGGGGCAGGGAGAUUACACAGCACACCGCAUGUGGUCUUAAAGUGAUGCGAUAUGGAUCCGGAAACCGCCUCGACUCUACUAAUGCCAGCGACAUCCUGAGAAGUCACGACAUUGUCCUAACCACAUAUAGCGAAGUGAUGAAGUCUUAUCCCAAGAACGAACCACCGAUUGAAUGCCAGACAGCAGAGCAGAAGAUCGCGUGGUGGAAGGAUGUGUACGAAAAAGAGAGAGGAAUGCUUCACAAGACGCAGUUCCUGCGCAUUGUGCUGGAUGAAGCUCAAGCGAUCAAGAACCACCAAGGUCGUACUUCCAUCGCCUGUCGGGCCCUGAUAGCCCGUCACAAAUGGGCAUUGAGCGGUACACCAAUCCUGAACAGCCUGACGGAGCUUUAUCCCUACUUCAAAUUCCUCGGCGUUCCACAUACCGGCAGUUUCAAAAUCUUCAAGAACAACUACUGCAACAGCAAGAAUGCUGAGAACACGGAGCGACUGCUUGUUCGCCUUUCCCAGUUUAUGCUUCGCCGAACCCACGCCGACAGGAUGUUCAAUGCUCCAAUUUUGAAACUUCCGAUGGCUGGUCAGGGUACGUACUACUGCGAGUUCAAUCCUAUCGAGCGGUGCAUCUACGACAUUGUUCAACAGCGCUUCGCCAAGAGGAUCAACAUGUGGCAAGCCAAAGAUCAACUGAACAAGUCGUAUAGCAACGUCUUGGUGAUGCUGUUGCGACUCCGUCAGCUCACUGCCCACGUGCUCAUGUUGCAAUUUGUCAUGCGAGACCUCUUGGAGAUUGAAGACAUCCAGGCCAUCAAGAACGUCGUCGCAGAGCAGUCAGUGGACGGUACCACGCCCCGUGGUCGCACCAUCAUCGCCGUGCGAAAGCAGCUAGAGAAGCAUGCAAUCGAUGUGAAGAAGAAGGCUGCUGCCGACGCGAAGAAGAAGGCUACUGCUGCAGCAGCCAGAACAGCUGCUGAAGCCGCCGGGAAGGUGUAUGAAGUGGAAGAAGACGAGACCGAAGAAGAAGAAUUAUCAGAACCUGAAGAGGCUUCCGGACAACCCACUGCACAAGAGGGGGCAGGCCUAGGCGGCAGCGGCAGAGAUUUUGGCAAAUCUUACAACUUCAAGCCAUAUCUGAGCAGCCUCAAAGUGGGCGAAAGCUGGGAUACAGCCAAGAAAAGGGCUAAGUGUAGCUGGUGCGACAAAACACCGAAGGACCCCUGGAUCACAGAUUGCGGCCAUCUGAUCUGCUUGAAAUGCAACGAUCUUUCCAACCUCGCGGCAGCUGAACAAGGCAAUGAACAUGCGCCAUGCAAGACGUGCGGGUCAACACCAAAGACGUGCCAGCCGUGCGACAUGGACGACAUGAAUCCGGUAGAGGCGGUAGCCGAAGGGACUCGAUCCAAGAAGAGCAAAGCAAAGAAGCGUGAGCAGCCCCAGGACCGUGAAGACAUCUCGGAAGACUGGCUUUCUAUGGCUGGUGCGGAGGUGCUGCCUUCAGCGAAGACGCUUGCCAUCAAGGCUCAGAUUUUGAACUGGAUGAAGGAGGACCCGAAGGUCAAGAUCAUCAUCUAUACGCAGUUUCUGGCCAUGGUGAAGAUUCUUGGCAAGAUUUGUUCACACGAGGGCUGGGAAGCUGAACAAUACGUUGGCACUAUGAGCUUCGGUGCUCGAGACAAGGCCAUCAACACGUUUGCGAGCAACGACAAGUGCAACAUCCUCUUGGCAUCUCUGCGGUGUGGUGGCUUGGGCCUCAACCUCACCAUGGCAUCACGCGUGAUCAUGGUCGACCCCUGGUGGAACGAAGCCUCGGAGCAGCAAGCCUUCUGCCGCGUCUUCCGCAUCGGGCAGAAGGAAGAGACGUUCAUGUCUCGGCUCUGUGUCAAGAACACAGUCGACUCCAAGUUGAUUGAGAUGCAGGAGCGCAAGACGAAGGAGAUUGGCGAGAUCAUGGAGGACAAUGGCGAUCGGAUGAAGAAGAUGGGCACGCGAGAUCUCAUGCGUCUCUUUGGCAAUACCAACGAGGAUGCCGAGGGCAAGCCGUUCAUUCUGGUCGACGACCCGGACCCGCGUGGUGGUUUCAGGGCUGACCAGGACGACGAGGGCUACGCUGAUGAGUUCUGA